GGAGUAGAGUUCAUUACGAAUUUCUUAUUUCAUCUGAGACUUUUUAAUGACGUUAACAUUUCUGCGUACAAACGGUAUAAACAUGAUGAAUACGAAGGCGGCUGUACUUUUGGGUUUCGUCACACUUCAAUGCAUCACGACCUAUAUUGCAGGACAAUAUACAUGCGAUUCACAAACAACCCCACCCAUAUUUACUAAACCGUUUGAAGAUUUGAGGAAUGAAACAAUGGCAAUGAUAAGUCCAGAACAUAGAACGUCUACAACAGAAGGUGAAGUGACGAGAACGGCUGUACUAUUAGAUCCACGAGGAUCAGCGUUUAUAGAAGAUCGUAUCAGGGCCGUGUGUCCGUGGAGUUACGUACGGAAUGAGGAUCUUGACAGGAUACCUCGGGUUAUUUUUGAAGCAAAGUGCAUUCACUCAAGAUGCCAUGGAUGUCAUGCAGAUCGUGAUGCGUCUCCAUUGAGGAGACCAAUGUGUUCCGAAGUGCACUACUAUGCUAUGGUUAUGCGUAAAAUGGGAUGUGACGAAACUGGAAGAGAUCAAUACGAGAGGGUAUUACAAAAGAUAAGUGCAGGUUGUACUUGUUUGAGGGCUGCGGGGUCGACAAUGAUCCAUCCUGUAAACGGAUAUCCGGGAGGAGAACGUACAAAUCCGUAACCUGUAUAUAAACGGGUGUAACUAGUAAUAUUGAUUAGUUCAAAUGAUAUUGAUAAUCACACUAAACAAACGACGGUAUUGCUUUACCAUAUAACAUAUGCAGUAUUAGCCCGAGGGGUUUUAUUUCAGCUGGGGAUUUUCAUUUGCUUACUGUAAACGUGAUAAACACAGAUGUAUGAUGAUUUUUUCUUCAAAUAUGUUAUUCGUAUCAUCCACUCCAUUUAUAUAUGUUGAGUGACCGUUUACAUUUACUGUUUUUAAAUAUACGUGCUACUUAGUUUUUAAUUGUAUUUAUUUUACACAAUAAGUCACCAUUUACAUGAUUUGGCCUUGUCUUUUAGUGAUGUACAUGAAUGCAAUUUCCAUUGUGUGAUCUUCUUUGAUAUUUUAAUGUUAAGAAAUUUUAAUGCUUUUGCAUUAUUUCCUGCCAUCAAUUAAGUACCGAACGGCAUUAUAUCAUAGUGCGAGAAA